AUGUUCGGCAGCAUCACUACAGCAGCGCGCAGCACCCUCGCGAGGCGGUCGGCCCUCUCGGCGCCUCUGCGAAGCCUCACCACCACCCGCAUGGUCGCCAACACCACGGCCGCACCGUCGCAAGAAGAGCAGGUGACAGCAGGAGAGCAAAAGAUCCGCGAGAUCCUCACAGCAAAGUUCAACCCCGCCGUGCUCAAGGUGCAGGAUGUCAGCGGCGGCUGCGGAAGCUUCUACGCAAUCCAGCUUAGCUCCAAGGAGUUCAAGGGCAUGUCGACGGUCAAGGCGCAUAGACUCGUCAACUCGGAGCUCAAGGACGUCAUCAAGGACAUCCAUGGUUUGCAGUUGAGAACCGUCGCAGAGGACUAG